UGUGAGCGACCUUGGGAGCAUAGCGCCACAAGAACUAAGUCUUGUGAAGGCGAACCACGUUCCUGGACGCCGUAUAAAAGGCGCAUCUUCAUCUUCUGAGGACAAUCCGCUCACCUCCUCCACACCGACAACAUGAAGCUCGUCAUCCUCGCCUGCCUGGCCGCCGUCGCCCUCGCCCGCCCCCAGAAUCCCGACUCCAUCGAAAUCCUCAGGCAGGAGACUGUUGACAACGGUGACGGAAACUUCAACUACCUGUUCGAGACUGAGAAUGGCAUCUACAAGGAGGUGGUUGGCAGCCCAUCAGCCAACGGCGCCCAGACCAUGAGAGGAUCCUACAGGUUCCCCCUCGAUGACGGCACCAUCGUUGAGGUCACUUUCACCGCUGACGAGAACGGUUUCCUGCCUGUGUCUGACUCCAUUCCCACCCCCCACCCUCUGCCCGCUCACGUGAUCGAGACCCUCGCCAUCGUCGACGAAUUGGUGAGACAGGGCGCCACUUGGGACAAUCAGGGAAGAAGAAUCACCCGUAGGAAGUGGCACGUCACAGCCCACACGGACUCCUCUCAACCUUCCAACGUGCCACGCUUAGGCCAAAACAAAUAUACUAUUUCUGAGGACGUGCUCGCGGGGGGCCAGCACAGGCGUCCAGUUCCUGUCCAGCGCGCUGCUUCCCAUAUGACAUCAUGCCAGUCGGCCUUUCCUGUUUGCCAGGGUAUAUUUUUCAUGCCAGGAUUCUCCACAUUUGAUGAUGGGGCCUUGGGACGCUCCAAAAAGGCUCUCCUCGUGUGUCUGGUGGCCGCCACCACUGCCGCCCCGCAGUUUUUCGGCCGAUUCGGGCGCCCUUAUUACGGCGACGGCAAACACAUCGCUAUCGUGUCGCAGUCCCAGGAGGGUCCUGACGGCGCCAGGUUCCGCUACGCAUUCCAGACGGAGAACGGCAUCAACGUAGAGGCGCGGGGCACUCCUGGAUCCAAGGGCCAGAGCAACAUCGACGGCAGCUUCAGCUUUCCUUUCCCUGAGGGAGGCACCGGCAGUGUGAGCUACGUGGCUGACGAGAAUGGCUACCGCCCAGAGUCCCCGCUCAUCCCCACGCCUCACCCACUUCCCGCCCACGCCAUUGAACAGAUUCGCUUCGCCCAGAGCCAGGGCAGAUCAGGCUGAGGCGCCUCUCCAAUGCCGUCCCCGUCCACACCCAGACGCGGACAUCUGACGUACACAAGUCCUCAUCGUACACGCGUCACUCGUCAGAAAGUUUUCAGCCAGGAUAACCUAAUCAGUCAUGUUGUCAGGCUAAUAAAGACAAAGCAGA